AUGGGUUUAGCUGCAACAAGAGUGAAACAAAGGUUUGGUAGAGAUCCAAGAAAUACCAAUUGGAGUAAUGACACGUCCAGGUUUGGCCACCAACAACUGGAACGGUUUGGGUGGAAGCCUGGGAUGGGGCUAGGGAUGGCUCCGAUGCAUUCCCAUACUUCACAUAUUAAAGUACAUGUUAAAGAUGAUAAUGUCGGACUUGGUGCUAAAAUUUCUAGAAAGGGACGUAAGGAUGAAUUCGAUAAUGGUGAGUGUGCAGGUUUGGAUGUAUUCCAAAGGAUUUUGGGACGUUUGAAUGGGAAGGAACAGGAGAUUGAAAAUGAAUUGGAUUUACAAAGAAAAGAAAAAAUUCUUGAUGGGAAAUGGGGUGUACAUUUUGUUAAAGCAGAUGUAUUGGCAAGUACAUGGGAUCCAAAGACUAAAAAAAUAAAAUCAUAUUCAAACAAAAAGAGUAAUUCAAGUGAUGAUGAAGAAGAAGAAGAACCAUCAAAAAAAAAGAAGAAGAAUAAAAGAAAUCGUAGUGAUGAUGAUGACAAUGAUGAAGAGGAAAAGAAACAUCAUAAGAAACAUAAACAUAGUAGUGAUAAGAAGAAAGCUAAAAAGGCAGCUAAGAAAGCUAAGAAGGCAGAAAAGGCUGCAAAGAAGGCAGAAAAGAAAUCUGCUAAGAAAGCAUUGAAAAUGAAAUCAAGUAAAACUGCAUCAAAUAUUCCAACAGCAAUAACAACAAGAUUAUCAGUACGUUCCAAAUGGAUUAAACAGAAACGUGCUGCUGUCAUGGAUGCCAAAGCUUUGAAUGAAAUCUUCAUGAUUACCAACGAAUGA